GGUCGCGACUUUUCGGUCGUGAUUCGCACCUUUGGUGUCGAUAUCCCGGAAGUGGCGCACUGCAUUGCAAAGUUUGCACAAGGUGAACAUCCAGAGUUUCCUGAAGUCCCAGUGGCGAGCCAAUUCAGGUGCCAAUGUUGCAGGGUUUAG